CAUGGUUGCGGAACCUGUUCCACCACAGCGAGCAUAUCCAGUGUACGUACUUCUAUCUAUCAAAGGUUGCCAGCAAAUCCCCUUCCCAGAAAAGAUGAUCGAAACGACAUAUUUCAUUGAUCAACUAGUUUGUCAGCGCUUCAGCACUAGCUCUCAAAACAUACUGCAGCGUUUACGACUUUAACAUUCACCCCCUCCACGUCAAGGACUCACUGCAAAGCAUUCGCACGUAGUUUUUCUCGCCAGCUUUCGUAUUCGGCUCAGAAAAGUAGACGCAGCUGGUAACCACGGGAGCCAGCAUGUCUAAAGAUUCUUUACACUCUUCUGACGAGGAGACAAUCUUCGGUGACGUAGACAGGCCCGGUGCAAAACCUCAUAUCAAAUCUCGCAUUCUUCACCUGUGGCCUUGGUUGAGCAUUGGUUCGCUUAUAGUCACAUCCGUGUCCUCCUUCACGCUGUGGAUGAGCACGUCUUCUGCUCAUCUUGCUAUAUACUCUCCAGCAAGUGUUGCUGUUGAGCCUGUUAUUACAAGGUUCAAUGGGACCAUCACUUUUCCUUCUAUCUAUCGUAUUCACAGUGGACCUCUUGAAGCUCCCGACUAUCAUGGCCCUCCUUCCCCAGAAAUCGAUGCUGCUUGGGCCAGGAUUUCUGAUGAUGUGCCACCAAUCCGGGUUACGAUUGAUGACCUACGUAAAGCUGGAGAAGUAGAUUUGCCAGCGAAGGUUAAGUAUCCACAAAGUAGCGGUGGAGGUUUCAUGGCAUCGUUGGAAGUCAAUCAUCAAAUGCGUUGUCUGAACAUCCUUCGCAAAUCCUCUUGGCCCGACCAUUACAAAUUGGACCCCUGGUUGCAGCGGGACCCCUCGGUAGUUCGAAUGCAUCUUGAUGAUUGCAUCGAACUGAUCAGGCAGUCUAUCAUGUGCCAUGCCGAGGUUGCGAUGAUCACGUGGGACUGGGUGAAGAACCACAACCAAGCCUACCCCAACUUCAACACCCGUCAUGCAUGUAGGAAAUAUGAGAACGUGAUGGACUGGGCUAUCCAACAUGGUGAUCGAUCCGAGGUUACUCGGAUGGAGGAUACGAUUGACCUCCCUUUCCCUCAUCAGUACAGUAUAUGAUGCAUCUUGCGGGAUGAGACAUCGCACUAUGAUAAUGAUUGCGCAUGUUCUUCAAGGUGAUGCGUGACGCGGAGAAGCUAUAAAUAAGAAUAGUGAUAACUAGGGCACUGAUAAUUGACUUAACAUAUUGGUGACAUAGUACAAUCGCACAUUGACGAAAACCACCCCUUCCUGUGCCUCAAAAAUAGC